CAGCCUGUUGUCACACGGCGUGUCCAAUAUCGUGGAUACGUUACAGCUGGGCUCACACUGCCACGAUUUGGGUUCCGGACUGCUCCCGACCGCCCCGUAUCGCCAAUCGGGGCUGUCCGUUGCCAAAAAAACGCCAGUCUUUCGUUAAUCGUAUUGAUCUUUUGUCUCGAGCCCGGCUCGCGCGGACCAGUCGGGCGGAGAUGGCGGGGCCGGGCAGUCCUAUCCUACCGCCAGACUGUUUUGAAAUGUUCAAAAUGGUCUGCCGCAGCCGGGACAACCGUCAUUGGUCCGGGCGAGAUGGGCAUACCGGCCGACUAGUCGGGAAUCAACGGACUGAUCGGGGCACCAUGCGGGCGUUGCGGCCGGUGUCGACCGAUGAGCACGACACGUCAGCCCGAGAUGGCGUGACGCAUGAAGAGGGAAGCACGGUCGUUCGCGCCAAAAGUUCGAGCGGAGCGUCCCCCGGGGCCGGCCCUACAGAUACGACGCGUCGGUUGACAGUCGUCCCAGUCAGCCUACACCUCCGCGCCGCUACCAACACCCCUCUCCCUUCGUCAGCGCCACCCGUAGCCCUUGCCUACACCAUGUCAACCAUACUGAGGGUCAAGAAAGUGAUAAAAAAGAAGAGGGUCCCAUCAGGUAAGCUGCCGCCCCCUACACCCCUUGCACCCACCCAAGACAACCCUGCAGCAGUUCCCUCUUCGUCAGGAGAGGCCCCCAGCAUGGCGUCUGAGACCAGCUCGUUGCCCUCCGAGACCCCAAAGGAACCGUCCGAGGUCGUCAUACCGCUGGACGAGGACACUGCCUAUGACACCGAAUCGGUAGUGGGCAGCAGCGGAUACGAGGAGACCGAGGAGGAUAUAGAGGUGGACGAAGAGGUGGUUGUGGGCGAACCAAGAGCCUUGCCAAGGAAGAGGCCGUCCAGGGAGGAGGGCAAGAGGAAGAGGAAGGGCGCGUGUGUUGUACUCCCGGCGGCAACAGAGAGGAUGUUGGGGGAAUGGCUCGAGGAUGAGGCAGACUUCAUAUAUGACAAGGGCAGGAAGGAUCAUGCAGACAGGGACAAGGUGUUCCGGGCCUUCUCAGAUAAAGCGAAGUCCCUUGACACUCCCAUCACUGGCCCCCAGCUAAAGCAGUGGUUCGACUCUAUUCGUAGCCGUUUUGGGCGCCUGUCCAACCUGGAGCAGAAGAGUGGGCAGGGCGCCGCCAAGGAGCUGACGGAGAGGGAGAGGUGGAUUGUGGCUAAUUUCCAGUUCCUGCGGCCACAUAUCAUUCGGCAGCGGCGUACCACUACCAUUGGCCUUUCUCAGUCCACUCCUGCGGUGCCUUCGAGCACCCCUGCGAGGUCCACUGAGGUGUCUGUGGCUGGGUCUUCAAGCACUUCUAACCCCACCCCGGGAGCCCCUCCUGACGAAGUGGUACCCGCGUUAGACCGCCCACGUCCCACUGCAGCGAGGGCGAAACAGGAGAGUAGGGACAGCAUCCUGGAACAGAUCGUCGACCAGAACACCCAGUUCAGGUCCCUGCUCGAGGGCGCCGUGGCACCCAGUGGCGACCCCAGCCUCCUCUACUGGCGCGGGGUUCUGCAGGAGGUGGCCAGGGACUGUGCCGAGGUGAGGAGUGACCUCCGCAGCGGCCUUCUGUCGGAGAUUGGUGCCCUGGUCAACAGGUGGAGGGUGUUCUCUAAAAAAGUGGACACCGAACCUCCCCCAUCCUUCUACGUUGAGAUGAAGGCCACCCUCGAGAUCCCGACCAUCCAACCUCAGCCACAUCAACCUACACGGCCCGUUCUCCCCAUCCAGGGCCCUCACAUUCCCCUUAUUGCAGAGCCGGGGGCAUCUCAGCAGCCGCUGCAGUACCUGCAGGUCAGACCCCAGCUUGGCUCCACGCCCCUCAACCCCAACUUGUCUCUCAGCAACAGCAUCCUCCUGGACAGCUUCCCGCUCUCCUUUGAGCCGGGAACCCCAGCACCAAGCAACGGCGACCUCAACACCCAAAAGUAAUAAUUUGCAAUAUGUGGAUGUGAUAUUUACGUGCACUAUAUGGACAAUUAUUUUUAUAUAUUUUCAAUAUGUGGAUGUGAUGU